UCGUCGUCGUUGUCUGCAAAUACGAAGCCGAGAGGAGAACCCAUCAAAUCAUCAUCGAGAUCUCUCCCCAUUCUCGCCAAUGGCGACUUCGGCGAAAUCAUCCUCCUCCUCCUCCUCCCUGGACAUGCCCUGGAAGACUCGCGUCGCCAUCUCCAUCCUCUCCCGCGUCACUGACUACUGCCGCCGCCCCGACGGCACCAUCAACCGACGCCUCCUCGGCUUCCUCGACUUCAAGUCCCCUCCCAACCCCACCCCCGUCAACGGCGUCUCCUCCUCCGACGUCCCCGUCGACCCCUCCCGCGACCUCUGGUUCCGCCUCUACACCCCCGCCGCCUCCACCACCUCCCCCUCCCUCCCCGUCCUCGUCUUCUUCCACGGCGGCGGCUUCUCCUUCCUCAGCCCCGCCUCCAAGGCCUACGACGCCGUCUGCCGCCGCUUCGCCCGCAAGGUCCCCGCCGUCGUCGUCUCCGUCAACUACCGCCUCGCCCCCGAGCACCGCUUCCCCUCUCAGUACGACGACGGCUUCGACGUCCUGCGCUUCCUCGACGACGAGAGCUCCGUCCUGCCUCCGAUCGCCGACUUAUCCAAGUGCUUCCUCGCCGGGGACAGCGCCGGAGGGAACAUCGCGCACUACAUGGCUGUGAGGGCCUGCCAGUCGGAGAAAAAGCUCCAGAGAGUCCGGGUGGUGGGGCUGGUGGCGAUCCAGCCCUUCUUCGGGGGGACGGAGCGGACCGAGUCGGAAACCCGGCUGGAGGAAGCGCCGCUGGUGUCGGUGCGGCGGACGGACUGGUGCUGGAAGGCGUUAUUGCCGGAGGGGGAGGACCGGGACCACUGGGCGGCGAACGUGAGCGGGCCGAACGCGGUGGACGUAGCGGGGCUGGAGGGGUUCCCGGCGACGUUGGUGGUGGCGGCCGGUUUCGACCCGCUGAGGGACUGGCAAAAGAGGUACUACGAGUGGCUGAGGAGGUCCGGGAAGGAGGCGGAGCUGGUGGAUUACCCGACGAUGUUCCACGCGUUCUACAUAUUCCCGGAGGUGGCCCAGUCCACCGAAUUGAUCAGGAAGGUCAAGGAUUUCAUCCAAAAUCUCGUCACCAGAGAGUAGUAGACAGUCGGUCAACAGCUAAUGGA